GUUUUUGUUUGUCCAAUAAAAUACAGAUUCUCUCUCUCUAAGCAAACAAAUUAAAGAACUUUCCUUUUUCUUUUUUUUUUCAUGUUUUUUUGAUUUGAAAUGUCUUCUCUCUUAAGAUUCUGUCCUAUUCUUUUGCUUUGAAAAUCAAAGGGGGGGUUUUUGAAAUUAGAGUUUGUAAGUAUGACCCCUUUUGUAGAAAAAAUGAAGUUGGAUUGGUCAGUGUUGAAUUAUUAAUUUCUUCUUUUCUGAGUGUUGGGUUCUUGGGAAACUAUUGCUUCAACAACAAGUGAAGCUAUACAAAAGAGUCAUAGCAUAUAUAUUAGAUUCGUAGCAAGUUUUAGGACCCUUUUUCUUUAUUGCUGUUUUUUUUUUUUUUUUGUGUUGGGAUCUGAUUUUUUCCUCUUCUUUUCAGUUUAAAAGAUUCAAUCUUGGGUACUAUUUAAGUUACUGAUUUACUUGGAAGUUGAUUCUCAGAAGUGGGUUUUCACAUCUCUCUCAUUUAUCCUCUAAAAAGGUGUUGCCUUUGUUCAACAAUUUAAGCUUCUGGUGGGGAUUGUUAAUUGUAGAUUCCAAUAUAUAUUUUUCACUGUUAGCUUCAUUUCCCAGUUACCAAGUUGAAACUUUUCUUUUGGAAUGUGAGCAAAAAUGUUGGUGAUGGGGUUUAUUCCAAUGGCUUUCCUUAAUUGGGUAUUCUUGGCUCUUUCUAUUUGUUCUUCGCUGAGCCUUGAAACCGUAGGCCAACCCUGUGAUCCAAAUGAUUUGUUGGCAUUGGAAGAAUUUGCUGGGAACCUCACUGAAGGGUCCAUUAUCACUUCAUGGUCUAAUGUAUCUAAUUGCUGCCAAUGGGAUGGUGUUGUUUGUGGGAGUAAGAGCAAUAAUGUCUCAGUUUCUAAUAAAGUUACCAGCUUGAUUCUACCUAAAAGGGGCCUCAAAGGGAAAAUUUCAAUUUCUUUGACCAAAUUAGAUCAGCUGAAAAAGCUUGAUCUUUCUUGUAAUCACCUGAUGGGUGUUUUGCCUUUAGAGCUUUCAAAUUUGAAGCAGCUUGUGUUUCUUGAUUUGAGCUACAACUUGCUCUCAGGACCUGUUUCUAAACCAGUUUCCGGUUUGACAUCGAUUCAAUGGCUGAAUAUUUCAAGCAAUUUGUUCAAGGGGGAGCUUUCCGAGUUUGGACGGUUUCCGGAUGUUGCUGUGUUCAACUUGAGCAACAAUUCCUUUACCGGUCAAGUCAGUUCUCAAAUUUGCAGCUACUCGAAACAGAUUCAGGUUCUUGAUUUGUCAAUGAAUCACUUGGUAGGGAGUCUUGAAGGCCUAAGCAAUUGCAGUGUAUCUCUACACCAGUUGCAUUUGGACUAUAAUUCGCUAUCAGGCGAUCUACCUGACUCUUUGUACUCGAUGUCGUCGUUGGAGCGGUUCUCGAUCUUGGGGAACAAUUUCUCUGGACAAUUGAGCAACAAAUUGAGUAAGCUCUCAAGCCUUAAAUACUUGGUUAUUUCUGGAAACCACUUUUCUGGUAGAAUUCCUGAUGUUUUUGGGAAUCUUGCACAACUGGAGCUGUUUUGUGCACACUCAAAUUUCUUUUCGGGUCCAUUGCCAUCGUCCUUGUCACUCUGCUCAAAGCUUCGUGUUCUUGAUCUCCGGAACAAUUCAUUAAGUGGUCCUCUUGAUCUCAAUUUCACUGGAAUGCCUAAUCUUUCUGCACUCGAUCUUGCUACUAACCAUUUAUCUGGUUCCCUUCCUGCUUCGCUGUCCGAUUGUAAAGAGCUGCAAGUUUUGAGUCUGGCGAAGAAUGAAUUUGGUGGCCGAAUCCCCAAGAGCUUUGCCAAUCUCAGAUCACUUGUGUUUCUCUCACUGUCGAAUAAUAGUUUUGUUGAUUUAUCCGGGGCUCUAUCUGUGCUUCAGCAAUGCAAAAACCUUACAAUUCUUAUCCUCACGAAGAAUUUGUAUGGAGAUGAAAUUCCCAGAAAUGUGAGUGGGUUCGAGAGCUUAACAGUCUUAGCACUCGGAAAUUGUGCUCUGAAAGGCCAAAUACCUGAUUGGUUGUCCGGUUGCAAGAAGCUCGAAGUUUUAGACCUGUCAUGGAAUCACUUAAAUGGCAGUAUCCCGACUUGGAUUGGUCAGAUGGAGAGUUUGUUUUACUUGGACUUCUCAAAUAACUCUCUCACCGGAGAAAUCCCGAAGAGCUUGACACAGCUAAAGAGCCUCAUUUCUUCCAAUUCCAGCUUAGCCACGUUCUCGUCUUCUGCUGGGAUCCCCCUGUACGUAAAGCGAAAUCAAAGUUCUAGUGGACUUCAAUACAACCAGCUUUCAAGCUUUCCCCCUUCAUUAUACUUGAGCAAUAAUCGAUUGAAUGGGACAAUUUUUCCUGAAAUUGGGCUAUUGAAGCAGCUCCAUGUCUUGGAUUUAAGCCGGAAUAACAUCACUGGUGUCAUCCCUGCUUCCAUUUCCGACAUGAAGAACUUGGAAAUUUUGGAUUUGUCGUACAAUGAAUUGCAUGGGUCAAUUCCGCUGUCAUUUGCCGAGCUCACAUUUUUGUCAAAAUUUAGUGUGGCAUAUAAUCACUUGCAGGGUGUGAUUCCAACUGGCGGACAAUUUUAUAGCUUUUCCAGCUCAAGCUUUGAGGGGAACCCUGGACUUUGUGGGAAAAUCGUAUCUCCUUGUCAUGUUAUGGACGGUAUGCUCAAACCAGCUAUUCCGUCUGGCUCAAACAAUAAAUUCGGUCGAAGCAGCAUUCUUGGAAUAACGAUCAGUAUAGGAGUUGGGAUAGUUUUGCUUCUUGCUAUUGUUCUUCUUCGCAUGUCAAAAAGGGAUGUGGGCAGUACAGUUGACAAUUUGGAUGAGGAACUCAGCAGGUCACACCGGUUAUCUGAAGCUCUCGGUUCAUCGAAAUUGGUUCUCUUCCAAAGUUCAAACUGCAAGGAGCUCACGGUUACAGACUUGUUAAAAUCUACCAACAAUUUCAACCAAGCAAACAUAAUUGGUUGUGGUGGCUUCGGACUGGUUUACAAAGCCUACCUUCCAGAUGGUACAAACGCCGCGGUCAAGAGACUUUCCGGUGAUUGUGGUCAGAUGGAACGUGAAUUCCGUGCUGAAGUUGAAGCUCUUUCGAGAGCUCAGCACAAGAACCUUGUUUCUCUUCAAGGUUAUUGUAAGCACGGUAAUGACAGAUUAUUGAUUUACUCUUAUAUGGAGAAUGGAAGCUUGGAUUAUUGGUUGCAUGAGAGUGUUGAUGGGUCGUCAGUUCUCAAAUGGGACGUGAGACUCAAGAUAGCUCAAGGAGCAGCUCGUGGGUUGGCGUAUUUGCACAAGGUUUGCGAACCACACAUAGUUCAUAGAGACGUAAAAUCUAGCAACAUACUUUUGGAUGAAAAAUUCGAAGCACAUUUAGCAGAUUUUGGUCUCUCGAGGCUACUUCGCCCGUACGAUACCCAUGUCACAACAGACUUGGUCGGAACAUUGGGUUAUAUUCCUCCAGAGUACAGCCAGACACUAACCGCAACCUGCAGAGGAGAUGUUUACAGUUUCGGGGUCGUUCUUCUCGAGCUUCUUACUGGUAGAAGACCCGUGGAAGUAUGCAAAGGAAAAAAUUGCCGGGAUUUGGUGUCGUGGGUGUUCCAAAUGAAAUUCGAGAAACGAGAGUCCGAGAUUAUAGAUUCAUCACUAUGGGACAAGGAACUAGAAAAGCAGCUGUUAGACAUGCUUGAAAUCGCCUGCAGAUGUUUAGACCAGGAUCCAAGGCGAAGACCCUUAAUCGAUGAAGUUGUUUCAUGGCUGAAUAGUAUUGGAAACGAGGUAGUUCGACAAUGAACAUCCAUCAAUUUGAAAGAUCUUAGCUGGGAGGGUAUACC